AUGUCCUCAAUCGUAACUUUGAUUAUCCGACAUUUACCUCUAUCAACCGGUUCAAUGGCAAACGCAAUCGAUGCCGAGAAGGGGGAGACAACUCCUCGCGUCCCCAAGCAGAGCAAGAGUAAAGCCAAGAAGUCUUGCCCGCUGAAGAAGAUCUUCGUCGGCAUUUUUCUUCUCAUCUGUCUUUUCGUCGCCAUGUUCGGCAUGGGUGUUCUUGGUGCCCACUUUGCCGCUCAUAAUGAUUCUUCCAAUGAAGCCUUGGAUGAAGCCUCUCAAGAGCCUAUCCUCGCCAUUCAAGCCGCUAGCGCCCAACAUGAACAUUUCAUGGCCCGCCGUGACCAAACUGCUGAUGCUUCGUAUCCAAUCUCGACCAAGACUGCACUGUCUACCAUCUAUGAGGUCAGACAUACUCCCACUCUUGAGAUCGAGACUGUGUUCGAGACUGUCACUGGCACGACGUACGUUACUGUACCUGAUGAGGUCCCUGUUUCCGUCUCAACCACCACCUUUGAAGAAACUACCGAGUACUGCGAGGAUCAUGUUGUUACCAUGACAGCGACUGUGACCUUCAUUGUCACCCCCGACGAAAGUCCUGCAGCCACCUCCGCUGCUCUCCCUGGGACCCCUGUCGUUGUCACCGAAGAGCCCCAAACGGUUACAGAGACCAAAAUCGACACCUCGGUCACUAGUGGCCUUCCUGAUGCCAUUAUCACCGGUAACCCGGAGACUGUUACAGAGACCGACGUCGACACAUCAGUCACUAGUGGUCUUCCAGACGCUGUUGUCACUGGCAACCCUGAAACUGUCACAAAAUCCGAAAUCGACACCUCAGCCACUAGCAAUCUUCCGGAUGUUACUGUCACUGGCAACCCAGAGACCGUUACUGCCACCAAGGUUGACACAUCAAUCACUAGCGGUCUUCCAGAUGCUGUUGUCACUGGAAACCCAGAGACUGUCACAAGGUCUGAAACCGACACCUCGGUCACCGAUAGCGUCUUCACGACCAUCACCGUCUCGAAUCUCACCCCCACUGUGGUCCCCCCUGAGCUGCCCCCCAAAAGCACUGUCACAUCAUGUACCACUUUCGUUCUGACACUUCCUUACUCGAAACCUACAAACAUCGUUGGUGUUCCUCCUGAAAGCACAGUCACCGCAACGAUCUACGAAACCGAGGGUGAUGCUUCCACCUCUACCACGACAGUUUUCGUCCCCCCGUCUCCUUACCCUCCUCAACCUCCCUACCCAACCGCUAAUGACACUACGUUGCCUGAUAGCACCGGCAACAACCCCAUUGUGCCUCACAUGCCCACUCCCACUCCCGUCAUUAUCUCUGGCGGCACCAAGAAGCCUGAGCCUCGAGGUUGGGGAGGCACCAGCGGAACCACUAACCUCAGCUGCACUGUCAUGCUUGUUGCUGUCAUCAUGUUUCUCCUUUAA